UUUGAUCAUGUUCGCGCGCGUUUCGACCCGAACCAUCUUCCAAAUUUUACCGUUCGUUCUUCGCACCUUCCCACGGGAUGCAUUUUUCUCUAUCUUCCUAGCUAGUUCAGUUCAGUUCCAGCUGAUUACACUGCAAUGAGAUAAAGGUGCUGGGUGGCAUGUUCACUGUCCAGCAGAGAGAUCAUGGAAGAUCCGGUGUUUCGCAGCAAGUAUCAGAAGUACAAGUGCAUCGUAAAGAAAUGGGAACGAAAGUUCCGUAAGGAGAAUGGCCGGAUCCCGUCUAAGUACGACAUUCGGGAUUCCAGCGUGGACGUCCGGAAUGCUUACAAGAUGUACUACAAGCUGAAGACGUCGCUUCUGGAGAAUACCUUGCAGGAUGCCCUCUUGGACGAUGACGAUUUCGACAGCUCGUUGAUAUCGCAGAUGGAGGGCAGUUUGUCCCAGGAUUGUUCCAUGGGGGGAUUCUCCAACUUGAGUGAUCUGUCCACGGCCAAUGUCUCGAUUAGUGCCCUGCUGACGGAUCAGAUCGAUGGGCGGGUAACGGAAUUCGAAGCGGAACAACUAUCCGAACAGAAUGCCAAUGCAUGGAAUCUACCCCGAAGGAAGGCCCCUGUGAUUCCUGAGAAGCCUAAGGAGCAACCGGUGAACAAACAGAAAGCGAAAGCUCCGCCGAAACUCAUGCUUGAAACUUCCACGCUGAUACCUAAGCGAAAUCCUCGCAAAUCUCUCUCAAGUUUGAGGAUGUCCCAGUCGGGAGCCGUGUCCAGUUCCCCAUCCAUGAACAGUUGGAAAGAUUCCUUACCCGAUCUGGAAACCCUUCUGUAUGAGAAAUCGAAACAAUCUGUUGAGAUAUCGCCAUCUCAAACGAGUGCCUCCAAUAAGGAAGUCCAGGCAGAUUCUAAGGCCCUGGUGAACGAACUGGACGAAAGAUGGCUCAAUCGACAGGGCGUAGAUGCCGGGGCUCUCACUCCUGUGAGCAGUGCAGGUGCACAUGCGAAAAAGUUUGGCCUGAGGAACAUCAGUUCCGUUUCCAUCUCGGACCUCUCCACUCCGGUGGACACUUCCAGCAGCUUUGGAAUAUCGUCCCUCAGUAUGAACUCGUUUGCAAGCGAAGCACCAGGAGCACAGGAUCAGAUUUGCGUCGCUCAAAACACGGCGUACGAUCGGGCGGUUCAGUCCGAUUCUGACGGAGUGGUAGAGAACAGUGAAGACGAAGGUGGCCGCGCCAGCGCCAACAGUUCUUUCAACUCCGGCGUGAUCCGACACGUGACCAAGAAGCGGAAGGUUUUCACUACCGUCAAUCUGAAGGCAGAAUCGAAGGUGGUGGCCGACGAGUUGAAGAAAGACGUUCCAAAAGAGGUUGCUCCUGGAGGAGUUGGUGGAGGAGGUGGGGUGGAAAAUAAGGAUCCGGAAGGGAAAGAAGAUCAUCAGCUGGUUGAAGAAGAAGGGCCAAAGACGAAACGCGCGCGGAAGAAGGUUCCCGUUAAGGCCAAGGCGAAGAAGGUAGUUCUUCAAGCCAAGAAGGUUCCAGUUCGCCGCACCACCCGAGGGCGCAAACCUAUCCAAUACAACCAACCGAAUGAAAGCGAGGAAGAAGGGGGUGAUUUCGAUCCGGAUGAUGACGACAAAGAUCCCGAUUUUAAGGAAACUGCCGGGGACCAUUCUUUGCAUGACGAGGAGCCGACGCAAGAAGUCACUGAACCAAUUGAGGCAGAGGUGUCGCCCCAAGCCAAACCUGCUAGAAAGUCCGUAGCGCGUAAAUCCAGGGCUAAACAGCCCUCUUCGACUGGUGAGCGAAAACGGCGUUCUGGCAGCGCCAAAAAGAGUCCAUCAGCGCCCAGAAUUGGUGGAAAUACUGGGAAAGGCAAGAAACGUGUUGCAAGGAAACCGGCCGUCAAGGUUCCUGUGUCGGAUGAAGAACCUGACAAGGAAGAUGGCUUCAAUGAUUACGUACUGGAAUUCGGCAUCGAGAGUUUGAACAACGCUCCUAGGGUAGAUAUUGGGGAGCUGAUUAAAAGCACCCAAGUGGUUGAGAGCUUCAUUCAAGGCGUCCCGGUUAAGAAAGCCAAGGUCAAAGCCAAGAAAUCGGAUGACGAGGAAGUUCUAACUCCAAAGGAAGCCGCCUUGAGGUCUAAAGCUGCGGCAGGAAAACUGAACGAAAACUUCGUUCGGGUGGAUCUCCGGAAGAAGGUCUUUGUCCGUGGCAAGAAGACGGUAAACUACAGCAAGUAUAAGAAAAGCUUGUGGAAGAAGAAGAAAGCUGCGGCGCUCAGCGGCCCGGAUAUGGACAUGGGCGGUUGCGAUGGAGGUGUGCUGACCUGCUUCCAGUGUGGAGGAGUUGGUCACAUGGCAAGAAGUUGUAAGGUCAAAGGAGAACAGCUGCUGCCGUUGGAUGCGGAUGAUACGGAAGAAUCGCCGUUCCCAACGCUGGAAGAAGCCGAAUCUAUGGCCAAUGCGCAGUCCUUAGCUGUUCAUUCUAACAAGAUCGAGAAACUUCCAGCUGCUAGCAAUCCGCUUUGGAAGCUGGAUGAAACUGAUACACCUGAAGACAACGAAUAUGAAUAUCUUCCAGAAGAACCAUCCCCUCCAGCUGAAACGAAACCUAAUUAUAUUGGCCACGUUAUCCCAACGGACUUUUUGAAGAAGUCCGGCAUUUUGGAGCUUACCGUUAUGAACAAGGACAAGGUUGGCUCCCUCUACCAGUUGAACCCGGAUGGAUCUCUCCCGGAGACACCGAAAGCAGUGUUCGAUGCACUCAAGAUGUUCGGCCAUCAGCAGUUCCGCUCCGGACAGGAGCGUGCCGUUAUGAGAGUCCUCUGCGGGAUGUCCACCCUUGUUACCCUGAGCACUGGAUCGGGCAAAUCGCUUUGCUAUCAGCUGCCGGCCUACCUCUACCGGAAGCAUCGGAAAUGUAUCACGCUGGUCAUUUCACCCCUGGUGUCGUUGAUGGAGGACCAGGUGCACGGGGUUCCGGGUUUCCUGAACGCACAAUGCCUUCACAUGAACCAGUCGCCCAAGGUGCGUGCCAGGACGAUGGAUGCCAUAACAAACGGAGAGUUGGAUGUGCUGCUCAUUUCGCCGGAAGCGGUCGUGUCCGGUGAGAAGUCGACCGGAUUUGGAUCGUUGUUACGCCAGUUGCCACCGAUUGCGUUCGCUUGUAUCGAUGAAGCCCAUUGCGUUUCCCAGUGGAGCCAUAAUUUCCGACCGAGUUACCUAAUGAUUUGUCGGGUUCUCAAGGAAAAGCUAGGAGUUCAAACCAUCCUUGGCCUGACAGCUACGGCGACCGUUCAAACCAGACUAAGCAUCGUGGAACAUCUGGCCGUUCCGGACGGGAUCAACGGUAUCAUCAGUGACAUCCCCCUCCCAGACAACCUGAUCCUGACGGUUUCUAAGGACGCCAACCGGGAUGCGGCUCUGUUGAACCUGCUGCGUUCCGAUCGCUUUACAGAUCUUCACUCGAACAUCGUCUAUUGCACCAGACGAGACGAAUGUGAACGAAUUGCAUCCUUCCUGCGGACCUGUUUCCAAGAUGCUCAACGAGCGGCAGAAUCCGAAGCAUCUGCAUCGGCGCCAACGUCUCGCAAGAGGAAAAAGUUGAACUACUUUGCCGAACCGUACCACGCCGGGUUGUCUUCGGCCCGGAGAAGGACAAUCCAGAAUGCGUUCAUGAGUGGAGAGCUGCGAAUCGUGGUGGCGACCAUUGCCUUCGGAAUGGGCAUUAACAAGGCGGACAUUCGGGCCAUCAUCCACUACAACAUGCCGAAGAAUUUCGAGAGCUACGUGCAGGAAGUGGGUCGUGCCGGUCGCGAUGGCGGGGUGUCCCACUGUCACCUGUUCCUGGAUAACCGCGGCAAGGACAGGAACGAACUGCGGCGGCACAUCUACGCCAAUUCAAUCGACAGGCACGUGAUCCGGAAACUGUUGCAGAAAAUUUUCGUACCGUGUGCAUGUGUGAAGAAUUUUAAGGACGAGAAAUUUUCCGAGGAACAUAGGAAACAGAUAGAAGCAUUGAAAGACAUCAGCUGGACUGAUGAUUUCGAAGAAACUACGCAAGCAAAUCCAAGCACCAGCUCUACGUCACCGGUUAGGAUUAAACGGGUCUGUCCAGGGCACGAAGCGUGUUUCUCUGUCGAAUCGACCGUCCAACAGCUAGAUAUUCCGGCGGAGAACAUAGAGACGCUACUAUGCUAUUUGGAGCUUCACGAAGAGCGCUACAUCAAUGUGCUGAGUAAGGCUUACGUGAUGUGCAAGGUGAUGUCAUAUGCUGGUCCGAAGGCGCUGCGGAAUGCUGCCAAGAAUUGUCCACCCUUGGCGAUGGCAAUCGCUCUUGAGUUGAAGAAAGGCAAUGCCGAAACGAGUUCCACUUUCAUCGAGUUUCCGGUGAUUGAUGUGGCUUCUGCCAUCGGUUGGGACAGUGGUGUGGUUAAAUUCCAGCUGAAGAAUCUCGAGUGGACGAUUGAAAACAACGUUCGAACCCGCACUCCCAUCAGCGUAAACUUCUUCGAUCUGGGUUUCCGGAUUCGAGCUCCCGGAGAUCUCACCGAUGACGAGUUGGACAAAACUCUGGACACGCUGUACGAACGAGUGUCUGGGCAGGAAAGGGCUCAACUGGUUCAGCUCCAGUGCGUAUCGAAUGCGCUUUCAUCGGUAGCCUUUCCAACGUAUUUCCCCGUCAGUGGGACCGAUUGUCCUGAGGGACCUUCCCAAAAACUUAAAACCAUCGUUCGCGAGUACUUCCAGACCGACAUUAGCAACGAGGAAAUUGAGCUGGUGCCAGAGUUGGACGAUACCCCCGAUAACCAGUUGCUGAACGACAUACGAACGUUGAUCCAUCGCUACCCGGAGAAUAACUUCAGCGGCCGGGCGGUGGCGCGGAUUUUCCACGGGGUUCAGAGCCCCAACUAUCCGGCCGUCAUCUGGUUUAGGUGCCAAUUUUGGCGAGCCUACACCAGUGUCGAUUUCAAUCGGAUCGUACGCAUGGCCAAUGCCGAAAUUGUGCGCAUGCGAACGUAAGCCAAUGGGGCCCAAGCGUGUGAUUGUUGCUGUUUAUUGUGAUUUAUUGUUUUAUGACUAUCCGCUAUCAUUUGGAAUGAUGAUUUUGGUAAAACUAGAUGGAUUAAGUUAUUAAUAGUUUCGUUUGUAGCUUUGUAUAUUUAACCAUUUCACUGAAACCAUUUACUGCGAUUGUUAAAAAUAGACUGCUCUUAUCGUUCUAGGUCAAUUAUUAGUUUGAAAGUUUUGCGCCGAUACUCCAUUACACUAACUUUUAUACAAAAGUAA